AUGGCAGCAGCACCUACUUACUCUUCAAACGAUGAAAUGCUCUAUUGUCGAGCCAGUAACCCACAACAACAACAAUACCAUACAUUCACGUUUUCCUCAUCCAACUGGAACAGUAAUGUGCCUGCAUCCCAAGUUCCUUCGCUCGUCACAUCGACUUCAGCACCUUUCCCUACCGGCACCACUACUACGUGUGGCACGAAGAACACCGAUAGCAGCAUAAGUACAGAGGGCCAGAUCUCACCUUGCUCGUUCACAUCUUCCGAAGACAACGAUCCGAUGCUUGGCUACCCGUGGAACAGAGCAGGUGCUACCGCCGCCCCACCUUCACCACCUGUCUAUGGAGUUUCCGAAUAUGGCAGUUGCGCAACGACGAUCAAUAGCAUCAGUAAUGGUAACUGUAGCAGCAGCAGCAGCAGCAGCAUGGGCAUCAGUGCGACAAUAACAACAACAACAACAGCAGCAGCAGCGGCAGCAGCGAGUUCUCCCACAGUAGCCAUGUGGCCACCAUCCCCCAAGACACCUCUCGAUUUCUCGCUAUCCUCACCUUUGUCGUCGUCGGAAAAAGAUCUUAUCGGCCAACAGCAACAGCUACCACUUUCCCCCGAGUCUCUCUAUGCUAGUCCACUUUUGCCACCUUCGUCGGGCAUUGUUUCUACCAGCGACAUUUUGGACGAUGCCACCAGCCUUGAACUUCCUUCUUUGUUCAUCAUGUCCAAGGAGCCCAGUUUUUCCUCUACCACGGAAUACUGUCCCCAGGUCCUCAGCAAUAGCAGCCCGAGUAGCAGUAACAGUAGUGGUUCUCCUGUGUUAUCCUCAUCGAUAACAACGGACGAGGAUGAUGCACUAAAGACAGACGAUAUGGACUGGUGCUUUUCUUCUGGUGAAGAAGAGGAAGACGAAGAAGAUCAAGACGAGGAAGGGACCUUUUGUUGCCAGGACGAGGACGUAUUUGCUCAUUGGCCUGCUCGCUUAACACACGGUAUAUCUUUUUCUUCCUCCAUCGAGUCCGAGUACGACUACGAAGAAGAUGACGAAGAAGAAGAAGAAGAAGACGCUACUGCUAUUGCCACACAUCAACACCAACAACAUCCGCUCAAUCGAUUGUUGGCCGAUCUCCGUGAGCAAAUCAAUACUAAGCAACGUUUAAAAGAACAUGAAUGGCUUUCAUUGUAUCAGCAUGCCAAAGAAAUUCUAAAACACAAUGACGAGAGUGAUGGUGGUGAUCUGCUUCCUGCCAUCCGGCAAUGUGUCCUGGAGUACGUCAAAAUCUUGCGCGAUCGUUACGAACCUUUGUUUUCAAUUUACGGUGAUCAAGAAGAAUAUAUCGACAUCGAUGACGACGACGACGAUGAAGAAGACGAAGACGUGGUUAUCGAAGAUGAGGAUGACGAGUAUAAAGACAACGAAGAGGAACAGCAAGUGUCAGUAGUAGCUCGUCGCCGAAGCAGAUCACGACAAUCAUCACAAGUUACCGCCACUACUUUUACUACAACAGUAAAUCCUUCUCCUUCUUCUCUUGCUACUGCUACUGCCACAACGACCAUACGGAGACGAAAGCGAAAGAUUGAAAUAUCAUCUGACGAAGAGGACGAUGGUGACGAUCCAUGGAUGCCUGAAGAAGCCGAGGAAGAGGAGAUCGCAUCCUCUGCACGACGACGCCAACGACAACCAUCCACAUCAUCCUCAACGACUACUACCACUACCACCAUGAGCAGGGGAAGCGGCAACAGUCGGCGAUCAUUUACUUGCUCCUCUUCAAGCUACCAUCGUAACACCAAAAAAACGCGCCAAAACUAUAGUCGGGAAACCACACGCGUGCUCAUGAACUGGUAUCUCUUACACGGUGGAAAGACGCCCGAACCAGAACACAAGGAGCUAUUAGCCGAAGAAGCCAAAAAGUCGCAUGUUCAGAUUUCGACAUGGUUCCAGAACGCGCGACGACGCCAUCAUUCCAAACUGGUUCAAUUUCAAAAGUUGAGCCAAGCACACCCAGAUCAGGUGUACGAUUAUGACUCGUUAUUGGCAUUCACGGAACAAGCGGACAAGCCAUCAUCAUCAUCAUCAUCAUCAUCCAAGAGAUCUACUACUACUGCUACUGAUACAGCCACAGAUGAUGAUGACGAUGAUGAUGUUAAUUAUGAUGAAGAGGCAGGUUCCUCUUCCUCUACUUCUUCUUCACCCAACAAACGUCUCAAAACGGAAGAACAAACCUCUCAACCCUUGUAA